CGAGCAGGGGGAAGCACACACACCGCUGGACGGACGGAUAAACGGACGAGCGGCUGCGGGAGCGACAACACGGUGACGAGAUGAACGCAGAGCUCCUGAUGAGCACCACCGUCGCCAUCGGCAACAACACUACGAAGUCGCUGAUGGAAUGCGUCCACGACGACGACGCGUUCAAGUACAGCGCCUACCGGUACACGUACCUGCUCGUGUUCCCCGUGGCGUUCCUCUGCAACAUCGCCGCGCUGGCUGUGUUCUUCAGGCAGACGGGCCGCAGACGGUCCGCCUCCUGUGUGGUCAUGAUGAACCUCGCCAUAUCGGACGGCAGCUUCUCCCUGACCCUCCCUCUGCGAUUGGCUUAUUACUUCAACAAAGGGGUGUGGUACUUCCCUGACUGGGUGUGCCGGCUGUGCGUCUACGGCUUCUACGUUAACCUGUACACCAGCAUCCUCUUCCUCACUCUGCUGAGCCUGCUGCGCUGGUUGGCUGUGGCUAAACCACUCCGUCACCGCUCUCUAGCUACGCCCGCUCGAACCUUAUGGGUCUGUCUGGGUGUCUGGGUGUUUGUGGGCGUGUCCUCUGCACCCUUCCUGACCAAUGGGGUCAUAGAAAGGAGGGGGGCGCCCCGCUGCUUCGAGCCCUACACCCCGCCCUCCUGGUCGCGCAUCCUCAUCUUAAACUACGUGGCGGUGGCCUUCGGCUUCCUCUUUCCUUUCCUCACCAUCAUCGUCUGCUACAGCAAAAUCAUCCGCCAGCUGACGGCCGACUCCAGCCCCUGCGGCAGCAACCUGGCCAGCAAGGCUCGCACUCGCAACCGGAGGCGCUCGGUGCAGCUGGUUUCCAUGGUGACGGCGACCUUCCUGCUCUGCUUCUUGCCCUAUCACCUGGUCCGCUCGCUGCACCUGCACGCCGUGUGCAGCCGCUGGGGCUGCAACAUCACGAGGGCCCUGCAGCGGGGAGUGGUGGUGACGCUGUGCCUGGCGGCCUCGAACAGCAUGGUCAACCCGCUGCUGUACUACUACUCCACCAGGACGUUCAGGGAAAACCUGAAGGAAGCCCACUCCUCACUGCGCUCCAGCAGGGGGGGGUCCACCAGGUCGGGGAAGUUCCAAAUGAGGCGGAAGAGCACCAUCUGAGGAGGUUCCCCUCGUGAACGCAGACCUGAUUAUUCCAGUGGAACUAUAGACACGAUUCCUCUAAAGCUUCCUAAUAUGGACUGAGGGGAUGGUGGAACCACACGACUGAAUCUGUUCACCCGAGAGUCGCUGAAGGGACGAAGGCUGACACGAAGGACCCAAAAGACUCGAGGGGUCGAGAAGGGGUCAGGGGGUCAUCAUGGACUCAGGUGUUUCUGAAGGGUCUGUGAGUCCAAGGGGUUAUAAAAUUUCAGAUGUUUUUCAGGAGUUGUUGAGAAGGAUUUUGUACAGUUUGUGAAGUGCUUGUAGAAGCUGAUCCUGCAGCCAUCUUUAAACACUUAACUCAGUUAUUCUGAAGCUUUGUUUGAGUAACUUUAGAGAAUGAGGCGUCCUGUAAACUGUCCUGUAAACAGCACACGGAGAAGCAGCAGAGUAACAGCGCCCUCCUCAGGCGGUGCUGAGAUCAAACCUCAUGGGUGGAUUUAAAUGAGCCGCAGAGCUCCAUCACAUGACCGAGGCUCUACGGUGGCCCUGAGGUUUAAACCCAGCAGCACAAAAACAUCCACCUGUCACCAAACUGAGGUCAAAGUUCAGGCACCAGGUGAUAAUAUUUCACUUUAUGGAAAUGCUGAGAGUUUGUUUUUGCUGUUUCUGCUGAAAUAUACUUCCAGCACCUGCAUUAUUUUCUUCUUCUCUUAUAUAAAAACUACUUGAAGUGUAAUGAAGCUGUGCAGCAGCAGACUGAAAGGAGCUGAGGGCCUUCUAUUUAAGAUGACUAAUUGGGCUUUGAUUGAAAUUAUGAGUCUUGCUUCCUGUGAUCAUCCAAACAAGAUCAUUGUAAUAAUAAUCAUUUAUUUUUGCUCCACAGUUCCUGUAAAUCAAACACACCUCUCUGCUUUCCCCCCGAAGGCUCAAACUCACUCGCUGUUUGGCCAUGGUUAGCAUGGGUGUGGUUAGCAUGGGUGUGCACACAUAGGUGGCUCAUCUUCAGUCCCCAGAUCUGCAGCAUCCAGCUUCCAAACAUGAAAAGUUAUGGAGGAAAACAAGGAAGAUGAACUGUAUUUAUCUCAAAGUUGGGAAAUCUUUUUGUUUCUAGUAAAAUAUUAAGUUAAACUCGACAGAUUUAUAACCAAUAUCUUAAUUAACUAAUGAUCAGGAGGCUCUGAUGUGUUCUGAGGCUCUGUGCAGAUUUCUUGGCUCAAGAAUUGCUUAAAUAUUUGUAUCAAUCGUAAAGGUUGCGCAGGUGAAUCCGUGGAGGAUUAUUAACGCAGAUAUUCUUUAUGUACUCUGUGUAUUCAUGUACCACAGAAACACAGCAGCGGGGGGGGUCAGAGGCUUAAAAUGCACUUUUAAUUUCAUUCUGUGGAGAUGGAAGUCUGACUGUGCAGUGUGU